GCCAGCGCGGUGCUGGGUGGCUCCAGAUAUGCCUGACGUUGCCCUUCCUCCCCAGCUGCACCGCUGGCCCCUGCCGGACAGACGGGCGCCAUGGUGGAGUACUACGAAGUGCUGGGUGUGCCCCGAAAUGCCUCCUCGGACGACAUCAAGAAGGCGUACAGGAAGGCGGCACUGAAAUGGCACCCGGAUAAGAACCCAGAGAACAAGGAACACGCCGAGCGGAAGUUCAAAGAGAUCGCAGAGGCCUACCAAGUGCUGUCGGACAAGGAGAAGCGUGACGUCUACGACCGCUAUGGCAAGGAAGGCCUCAUGGGAGCAGCAGGGCCUGGGGGACCAAGAGCCAAUGCGGGAGUCCCCGAAUUCACCUUCACCUUCCGCAGCGCCCACGACGUCUUCCGGGAGUUCUUCGGUGGGCGGGAUCCCUUCGCUGACCUCUUCGAUGAGAUGCUGCCGUUCUCAGAGCUGCGGGGAACUGGCCUCCGACGCCCCGGACCAGGCUCCUUCUUCUCCUCUUUCCCGGCAUCCUCAGAUUUCUUCUCCUCGUCCUUCAGCCCCGGCACCGACCCCGGAAUCGGCUUCCGCUCGGUUUCCACCUCCACCACCUUCGUCAACGGCAAACGCAUCACCACAAAGAGGAUUGUGGAGAACGGGCAGGAACGGGUGGAGGUGGAAGAGGACGGGGAGCUGAAAUCGAUCCACGUUAACGGUGUCCCUGACGACAUGGCGCUGGGGCUGGAGCUGAGCCGCCGGGAGCAGCAGGCCCUCCUGGGCCAGGCCUCGCCCUCGCCCCCAGCACCGCCGCGGCCCCGCGACUCGUCCCCGGUCUGCCUGUACACGGACAGCGAGGAGGAGGACGAGGACCUGCAGCUGGCCAUGGCCUACAGCCUGUCGGAGAUGGAGGCCGCGGGGCAGCACAGAGCAGGUGUGUUCUGAGGGACGCGCUGCGGGAACCCUGCCAUGGUCACUCGCCCAGGGAGGCUGGUCACACCCGGACAUCGCUCUGUUCCCCCCCCUCCCUGAGUACCCCUGGGCUGUGUCGUGGGGGGGUCUCCUGAGCACUGUGUAGUUGGCUGUAGCUAGGGAGGAGGGGGCCGGGUGUGCUGUGGGCAUCUUGCCCUGGCCUGAGUCUGGGCUGUGGCCUUGCUGGGCCCGGGCACCGCUGCAGGGGCCUGGGCCAGGGGCCUGGAGCAGUGAGCGGGGUGGCCCUGGUAGGAGGGGGGGUGGGGGGCCAGAGCCCAGGACACCUCCAGCCCAGCCCUGCUGCGGGUUGCUGAGGCUGGGGUGGGGUGGCAGCGGGCUGAGGCCUGAUUGCAGGGGUGGAGGUAGCCCAGGGCAAGGAGUCUCUUCUCCCUCCCCUCCCGCCCAAUGGUCUGCUCCUUCCUGUGGGGGGGGGCUGUAGCUGGAAGAGAUGGCGGAUUCCCCCUCAGAGCCUGCACCCUGGGAGGGGAUCUUACUCCACACCCUCCCCCUUCCCCUCACAGCUGGGCAGGAGCGGCUCUAAGGCUGUGGAUGCAAGGGGGGUGGAAGGCCUGUGCCCUGCGGUGCAUCUCCCUUGCUGCUGUGAGGCUGUGCCACCCCCCAGGGCAUGGACCCUGCUGUCAGUCAAUAAACCGUUUGCAGUAGA